AUGGGUCGGGUAUGGGCAAUCGAGAUGGGGUAUGAGUCAAGUUUUAUCCAGGAGAACCUUAAAAAUGUUGGAAAUAAAUUAGAUUCUAGUAUAAAUGACAUUAAUUUGUGGUUACAAGAUGGAUCUAAGAAAGAAGGAGUAGUGGCAAUCUGUGGGAUGCGUGGAAUAGGGAAGACAACCCUUGCGAAAACUGUGUAUAAUUUGAACUUUAAUAGAUUUGAGAGUAGCAGUUUUCUUACAGAGGAACAUGAACCGUACAAGAAACAUGAAGGUGAGGUAUUAACUUAUAAUGAAUCAUUUCAUAUUUUCAGUUGGCAUGCCUUUGGACAAGACCACCCCAUUGAAGGUUAUAUGGAGUGUACCGAAAGGGUUGUAAAGUAUUGCAGAGGUAUUCCUCUAGCUCUUGAAAUUUUGGGUUCAUCUCUAGCUGGAAGAAGCAUAGAUGUGUGGGAAAGUGCAAUAAAGAAAUUGGAAACAAUUCCUGACAGUCAGAUUAUAGCAAAAACUCAAAAUUAG